AUGAAAAUCCGAAUACCAUCCUUCGCUGGGUUGUUGUUUUUCGACCAAUGGGGUGCGCCCAACCAACAACAUCCCGAGGACGCGCUCUCCGGCAUCACACGGGACGACUCUGUGCGCCACGACUUUUUGAGGCCCGCUGUUUCAUACCGUCCCCGUCUGCGCUACUGGAUCCCAGAUGCCUGCGUUGACCUCGACCAGGUUUACGACGACAUUUCGCAGGCUGGCUUGCGCGGUGCAGCCGGCGUUGAGCUGCUUGGUUUUUACCUCUACGGCGCGUCGCGGGGUACCUAUGUCCCCACUGACUGGAACAAAUACGGCUGGGGGACACCUGCCUGGAAAAAUGUCCUUGACACAGCCAUUCAAGCACACGACGACCAUGGACUCUUAAUGGAUUUUGCCAUGGGUCCGAACCAAGGCCAAGGCGUACCGGCACACGAGAACGAUACCGGUCUCAUGUGGGAUCUAGUGCCACACUAUGUCAUCGUGGCCGCCGGCGGCUCAUUCCACGGCACUGUGCCCGGCUGGGGGGCAGGCGUGCUGCAGGCAGUCGUCACGGGGCUGAUCACCAACACGACGACUGUUUUGGAUAGUGCGUCUUUCUCCGCGGAUGGGCAUACUCAGCCGGUUAUCACGCAGCACACGCUGGCGGAGCGCAGUCUCGAAGAUAUGACGCCGCAGGUCGGCAAAAAUGGAUGGCUUGAUGUCGACUUUACGCCCUCCGGCCCGGCCGACAUGAGUCAGCAGCAACACCUCGUAUAUGCAGUAUAUCUCAUCCGUUCUGGCGCACGCGCCCAACACCCACCGACCGUCGUGGCUGGGCCGCAGACAACACCAACUGACUAUGUCCAUAACGGGUCGUGGACAGUGGACCACUUCUCGGCGCGCGGUGCCCGCGUCAUGACCGACUUUUGGGAGAAGCACCUACUGAUCAACGGUACACGCGAGCGGUUGCGGCAGGUGACACGGUGUGCAUGGGAGGACAGCAUCGAGAUCAACCCGAAUGUCUAUUGGACGCCGAAGCUGCCGACGGCGUUUGCGCAGCGUUGGGGAUACUCCAUAAACAAGUACUAUCCCCUACUCUUUCACGAAAACAGUCUCCUCGACCACUUUAGCGUUUGGUUUGUCACCGACGAGCCAGAUGCUGGGCACAGCCAUGUCGCUGAUUACCGGACAAUACUCACCGAAGGGUACGGAGAGUACCUCGAGGCGCUCCGCACCUGGUCCAGGACGUACUUGAACGUCGACUGGUCUUCUCAAAUUGGCUAUAACAUGGCCGUCGACAUGCAAUCAUUGAUUGGAAAAGCAGACAUACCCGAGUGCGAAGAUCUCGCAUUUGGAAGCAACAUUGACGCCUACCGCCAGUUUUCUUCCCCUGCGUACAUGUCGGGGAAGAAGAUUAUAUCAGCCGAAGUCGGAGCUGUGCUGGGCCAGGCAUACCAGAUGACUAUGCCGCAGUUGCUGCAACUUAUCCAUCGGUUGCUUGCAGGUGGCGUCAAUGCUGUGGUGCUACACGGCUAUCCGUACUCAGGAGAGGCAUGUUAA